AUGGCGUUUCGAUUGGUUACUUGUGUUUUUGGUGGGCGGUUUCUAGGGAAAUUUUCACACUUUAUGUUGUGCAUGGUGCUUGAAUGGGUGUUGAUGAUUGCACUCUUCAUUGAUGGGUUUCUAGCAUUUUUCACCAUUGAGUUUUCAAGAUUCUUUGGUUUGGAAAUUCCGUGCUGGCUCUGCGCGAAGAUGAAUCAUGUUUUCGCGCACAAUACGCCUAAUUUUUAUUACAACAAUUCCAUUUGCGUGGCUCACAAGAAAGACCUUUCGUCUAUGGCAUUUUGUCACAAUCACAAGAAGCUUUCUGAUAUAAGACAGAUGUGUGAAGGGUGUUUACUUUCAUUCGCGACGCAGAAGGAAUCAAAUUGUGAUACCUAUAAGUCUCUGGUCGGGGUUUUGAAUAAGAAUCUUGAUUGCUUUGUUGAAGAUGGACACAAUAUUCAAUUGAGUUUGAAGGAUGGCGAGGUCUUGCAGGACGAGAAAAGAAGUACUCAGAGGUGUGAAUGCUGUGGAGCACCAUUGAAACCCAAAUCUUCCAUCUCAAGAAGGAGUUCAUGCUCGUUUUCCCAAGCUUCCGCCGCUUUGCCACCAGUUUAUCCAAUCGCAAAACCAAAAUCUGAGGAAUCUCGCGGUGUAGAUUCUCCUCAAAUCCUGUCUGCAAAAGAAGAUUCAGAGCUUCCACAGAAUGAGGAUGUCAGCGACAUUAAAAACCAGAAUGCUAAAUUAAAGGAAGUACCAAAAGAAGCCGCGCUGCCUCUAUUGCCAGGGUCCGAUGAUAUAAACGUAGAGUCCCCGAAAACCCCUUCUUUACCAUGGGGCAGCAGGUUUUUUGGACUUCCACUUACAGAUUCUCCAAAGAACAGUCCAAGAUGGUCUUCUGCGCCGGCCAAUAAAUCACCGCUAGAAAAGACAGAAUUUGCGUCUGACUCUAGCGAGGUUAGUUCUCAAAAUGAAGAAGAUGAUCCUGUCGUAAACAGUUUGAAGAGGCAAGUUCGUCUAGAUCGCAAGUCACUCAUGGCGUUGUACAUGGAGCUGGAUGAAGAGAGAAGUGCUUCGGCUGUUGCUGCCAACAAUGCAAUGGCUAUGAUCACGCGCUUACAGGAAGAGAAGGCAGCUUUGCAGAUGGAUUCUUCACAGUAUCAAAGAAUGAUGGAGGAUCAGAUAGAGCACGAUGAAGAAGUCCUGCAAGAAACUAAUGAGCUGCUUCUGAAACUUGAGGAAGAAGUUAAGACUUUAGAUACCGAGUUGGAGAUUUACAGAGAUGCAUAUGGAUACUUGACAGAAGAUGAUGUUAAGGCUCGUGGUGGAAACAACAGCUUUACAACCGGGUCAAUUGAAGGCGAGGAUGACGUAGAAAAAUACCUCGAUCUUCAACAACCUGGUUCGUCAAAGGCAUAUAACGGGGAAGGGAAAAUCAAGGAGUCGCUAAAAGAUUUUAGAACGGAGAGAACGUAUCUUCUUAGCAGGAAGAAAAUGGAAACUCUAACUCUCUUGACAGAGAGUGGAAUAUAA